GCCUUGCGCGGGGGCGGAGGCGGCAGGGAUGCUAUGGCGGAGUCGCUGCCCCUGGAGAUACUCACAUAUAUUCUGAGCUUCCUGCCUCUGUCAGAUCAGAAAGAGGCCUCUCUCGUGAGUCGGGCUUGGUACUAUGCAGCCCAGAAUGCCCUUCGGGAGCCGGGCCUUACCUCCCUGGACCUCAGCGGCUGCUCAGAACUGGCCGACGGGGCGCUUUUGGCUGUGAGCCGGGGUCUGCGGCACCUGCAGCGCCUGAGGCUGAGGAAGCUGCAGCGGCUGACAGAUGCAGGGUGUACAGCCCUGGGGGGCCUGCACGAGCUACAGAGCCUCGACAUGGCCGAGUGCUGUCUGGUGAGCGGGCGGGAACUGGCCCAGGCCCUGGGCUCGGUGCGCGGAGCUCCACCCCCCCUGGCCUCCCUCAGCCUGGCCUACUGCUCCUCACUCAAGGACACCUCAGUGUUCUCCCUGAUCCGAGCGCUGGGCCCAAGUCUCAGGGUGCUAGACUUAUCCUCUUGCGUGGCCCUCACCAACCGGAGCCUGCAGGCCAUCUGCACCUACCUCACUCCCCUCUCGGUCCUGCGCCUGGCCUGGUGCAAGGAGCUCCGUGACUGGGGGCUUCUGGGACUGGGGGAACCAAGUGAGGAGCCAGCACAGGGAUCCCAGCCACACCCAGAGCUGGAACAUCAGGCCUCAGGCCCCGCAGCAGCCCCUUCUCCCCAGCCUCAGGGCCCCUCCUUGCUCAUGCUGCGGGCCCUGCAGGAGUUGGACCUCACAGCCUGCAGCAAGCUGACAGACGCCAGCUUGGCAAAGGUGCUCCGGUUCCCCAGGCUGAGGCACUUGUCACUGAGCCUGUUGCCAGCACUCACAGACGAGGGCUUGGUGGCGGUGGCCAGAGGCUGCCCUAGCCUGGAGCGCUUGGCGCUGAGUCACUGCGGCCUCCUCAGCGAUGAGGGCUGGGCCCAGGCGGCCAGCUCCUGGCCGAGGCUGCAGCACCUCAACCUGUCCAGCUGCAGUCAGCUCACAGAGCAGACACUGGAUUCCAUUGGGCAGGCAUGCAAGCAGAUCCAGAUGUUAGAUGUCGCCAUGUGCCCUGGUAUUAGCAUGGCUGCUGUCAGGCGAUUCCAAGCCCAACUGCCCCAGGUGACCUGCAUCCAGUCACGCUUCGUGGGAGGGGCUGACCUGACCCUUACACUCUGAGACCAGGUGGGUAAGCAGCCCCUGUUGCUCAGCCUCCACAGUCCCUAGCCCUGGCUUUUGGACCUGGGGUUUCCCUCUGCUAUGUGCAAGAGCCCCUUCCCCCAGCUGUAAAUACCUUUGCUAGACCCGGAGGUGGGACUAGUCCAAGGAAGCCCAGGGUGCUUCCUACCCUGGUCUACCCCACAGCCUGGCGAGGGCUUCUUUCCAGCUCUGUGUGGCUGCCACAGGCACCUGCAAGUGCCCGUUCCCGCUCUGCUGGCCAAGCCCGGGUCCGGAAGCACCAGGCCUGUAGGUGGCAGGGCCCGGUGCUGGGGAGGAGCAGACCACCUGCCCUUUGCCCCGCCCACUUCUCCCACCUGAAGCCUGUGCCCCACCUUGCUCCCUAUAGGAGCUCCUCUAGUCCCCCACCAGCACUGAACUUUAGCAGCCA